CGAGAUAGACCAAUGCGUAGCGGGGUGAACCUGCCGUGGCGGCGAUGGGACGAGCGCGGAGCAAUGACAGCCCGUGCGGGAAUAUAGGCUGAACCGCAUCUCAUCACAGACAGGGACCGCAACUGUCGGCUCGGUCCGAACUAUGUGACAGCUGACAAUUCUCCCCCUCCAGAGGCGUUGUGUGUGUUUUUAUUUAUUUUUAAAAUCCCCCCCCCCACCCAAAAAAAAAAGGAAUGGAUCCGGUCAAAUGGGUGCUAAAGUUGACCCGGCGGUGUCCUCUGGAUGUUGCGGCGCUCCGACUCAAACUCGACUAGAUUUCGGGGAUCUUGUGGAAAACGCUACCUUUUACUGUCUCCGCGGGACGUGAAGUCAUUUGCAGAUACCGGCGGCGGGGGGAGAAAUAAUAACGGGAGCGGGCAGUGCGGGGAGAUAACGGAAUUACCUCUCUGACCGGAGAACUGUGCGAGCCGCCGUUCACUCUGAAUCUCUCCAGGAUCUCGCCCCUGCCGAAGACACUGGAGACUUUCCAGUGAAUUGUUUUAUAGGUAGACUUCUUUUUUUGUUUGUUUUUGUUUGCAUGUUGUUGUUUUUUGGUUUUUUGUCGGCUAAAAAUAGACCACAAUUCUUGCAGUUGCACAGCAUGAGCCAUUAAUCUGCACAUGUGUAAAACACUCGCUGUUAAACCGUUAAAUUAGACUUUUUUUUAUUAGAUUGAGGCUGUAUUGCGGAUUGAAUGGACACCCAGGCUGCUCAACAUAAUGUGAGCUUCACCUCUUGAGCUGCCACAACUGUCCAGCACAACAUUUUUUUCAUUAUGAUUCUUGUCACCAGCUGGACCAAAGAGCUCUGGCCAUUGGAUAGUCCAGGGAUUAGCUUUGUUACUGACAUACAAAAAAAAAAAAAAAUCACACGAGAGAGAAUUUGACGCCAAAAUGUAACAUUAGCAGUUUUUUGUUAAUUAUUUAGCUCAUAAUUAACUUGAACCUUUUUUUUUUUUUUUACACACACCUUACCAAAUGGAUGCACGUUGCCAAAAGGUCAAAUCCUUUUGCGAUAACUGUGCAUUUAAGAAGGCAAUGAUUUGUAACAUGACAGCAUGACAACAUGAGUGCACGGAUAAGGAAAAGUUAUUGUAUACCUGCGCCUGUUUGGUGAAGUUACGUUUACGCACCGGAAAGCAUGCGCUCUACAAAUAUAAGGAUUUUCUAGGCCUGUCUUUUUCUUCAUCUUCUCCUUUUCUGAGAGUAGUUUUGAAUCAAAGAUGCAUGGCUUUUUUUUUAUGAGACAGUCUGCUAUAAAUAAACACUUUUGAAUUUUUUUUUUUUUUUUUUUGGAAGAGCAUGAUGUGGAUCCAACUGUGGUGAUUUUCUUGCUUUUUCCAUGCGUCUUUCUCCUCCUCCAGACCUCUGGACGUUGUUGUGGAUUGUGUUGCUAUUUAAUGCAAUGGGCUGUAUCCAGAGUAUCAGGUGUAAGCCUAAGAGUUUCCGAGACAGUAUCAUCGUCCUGGAGGUGAAUAGUUCCAUCGACCCCAACCCCACCAGCAUCGACGAGUCAUCCAGCGUGGUCCUGCGCUACCGGACACCGCACUUCCGAGCUUGUGCCCGGGUCCUGGUGCCGCCAGUAGCCACUAAAGAGACAUGGACCAUCGGCUGGAUUCAAGCUUGUAACCACAUGGAGUUCUACAAUACGUAUGGAAACAAAGGGAUGUCGAGUUGGGAGCUUCCUGACUUGCGCGAUGGCAAGAUCCAGGCCAUCAGCGACUCGGAUGGGGUUAACUACCCCUGGUAUGGCAACACCACAGAAACCUGCACCGUCGUAGGCCCCACGAAGAAGGACAGCAAGUUCACUGUUAGUAUGAAUGACAAUUUCUACCCCAGCGUGACCUGGGGUGUGCCCGUCAGCGACAGCAACGUGCCUCAGCUUAGCAGCAUCCACCGCGACCAGAGCUUUACUACCUGGCUGGUGGCCAUAAACCAGGCCACCUCAGAGACACUCGUCCUGCAGACGAUCCGCUGGAGGAUGCGACUUCACAUCCGAGUGGACCCAGAGAAACCUCUUGGUCACAGGGCUGUUCUCAAUGAGCCCCUAGCCCAGGAACAGCCCCAGAUCCUGGGCAAGAAUGAGCCCAUCCCUACUAACGCCAUGGUCAAGCCCAACGCCAAUGACGCCCAGGUGCUUAUGUGGCGGCCAAAGAGUGGUGGCCCGGUAGUGGUCAUCCCACCCAAAUACUGACCUGUUUCACUGACCAGACUGGCCUUGGAUACCUUAACAGUAUCAUCUCUUAUUUGUUCUCUUUCUUUUGUUCCUGCUCGUCACCAGCGCUCACUGCUUUAACCCUUUCCCUCUUUUUUGGCCUCUAUAUUCUUCUGUCUUAUGUUUCAAAAAGACUGACAGAGAGAAAAACAGGCAGAGACCAACGAAACCAGCUCUGAGAAAAAGACCAGCUGUUGCUUUGAGGUGGGGGCUUGAACACACUUUUAAAACUGGAACGAACAAACUGCAACCAUUCUACCUUCAAACUGGGUCGGGUCGCACUGUGCUAAAUGAAAUCAUUGCAAAAAUGAAGAACUCAAGAAUUUCUUUGUUUUUUAUUUUAAUUUUAUAUGUUGGCUGUUUGGGCCAAGUGAUAUGGGGUUUGUGAGUGUGGGUGGUUUUAAGUAUUUACAUGACCAUGUCCGCACACACGCUACAUACAUGGAUAUGCACAAACCUUGAGUAUGAAUACCAGUUGUGUUUUUAUUUAUAGGCUGGGAGAGAGUGCAUUCAAUUUUGUUUGUUUGUUGUUGUUUAUUGCAUUGGGUGACAUACUAGAUUUUAGUACUUUUUAAAAAAAAAACAUGCAAGACAUUCAAUCCAUGCUGCCUUAAGUUUACAUCGCUUUCCACUGCAAACUUUUUAGCCUUAAACAAAGUGCAAUGCAGUAUUUUGCUCAUGUGUCCCGUCUCUUCCAGACUGUUGGUGCUGGAGUGUGGGUUUAGGACAGGAACAAUACCACAGAAGAAGACCCCGGGGUCAGAGGUCUAGGCUUUUAUGUUCAGUUGCAUUUACCUGACAAAUGUAUUGUCUCACGAGUACAACCAGCAUUACGCAUAGACACAGUCACACAACCGAGCUAACUAGUUGUGCUUCAAGUGCAUUAUGCAACCGAAGAGAUGCUCUGUACCGAUGACAUACAGAGAACAUCAGCAAAGCCAACCCUUGUCAAUAGCACUCAACACAAUAACGUGCAAUAACAACUUGAGCAAAAAGUACUCAAAAGCACUUCUCAGUUGGCUUCAUUUCAUUCACUGUUUAUAGGCAGUUGUAGCAUUCGGCGUCAGGUUUUCCUCUCUCUGCAUCACUCCAUCUCAGGGCCCCUUUUUCACUUCCUUCCCUUCUCUUUUUUUUCAUCCAUCUUGUCUGGCCUACUCUUUCUUGCCACAGUGAGUAAUUAAGUGUUUGCAUUGCUCACGCUGAACAAUCAAUACUUUGAUUACUCAGCAGUCACACACAGGGUAAAUGACUCGUAAUAACUGGAGAAUAAAAACAGCAGGGUAUCUGCUUUGUCUUUUAGCCACUGGUCUGACAAUCUUACACACAUUGUAUACAUCAUUGUUGCCUUCCUUUAAAUCAACAACACCCCUUUUCUUUCUGUAAUAUUGAAAUCCAAACACGCCUGACUCUCAUGUUAACAGUGUUUUUGUCCCUCAUGCUCAAUAAUCUGUAAUCUUCAUCUACACCAGUGAUCUUCCUCCCACUCCUCCCUUCCCCCCCACUGCCUUUCACUCUUCUUUCUCUUGUUUUUAUCUGUCGAGGCUGAAAAGCAGAGCAAGAGGCAUGCAAGUUUGAUCCUUACUGCUCGGUUGGCAUAUAGAUGACCCACUUCUCUGCUUUGCCAGUUGUAGCUCUCGCUGCAGAAAUGUGGGGCUUGCCUCCCUUUAUUUCACCGCCAGCAAAUGUACGACCCAACGACACGCAUAAACAAGAGCAGCGCUGGUCAGCUAAAUACCAAUGUUAAAUGAUUCAACUGUUAAUGUUUGAGAAGGGCUCCAGCUACAGACUGAAAACUCUUUCAAAAGCAGAAUUUGGCAUCAGGGCUAUUUUUCUCCUUAUCAUGGGAGUCCAAAAUAUUGCUUAAAAGUUCUCUCUGUAUACAUACUUUUUUUUACUUUUUUAUCUGCUUCACUUUCAGAUGUUACCAACAUCUUGCGAGCCCCUGUGUUUUGGCUCCAACCAAAGAAAUAAUCUGUCUGUAUUUCACAAAGAUCAGUAAGCUGCUGCUGUUUGAGUGUAUAAGCAUCUCCUUACUUCAGAGCAUUCAUUCAUCAACCUUUAUAAGAUUUUCUGUGCAUCCUACCAUUGCAAAACUGAAUUAUUUUGUGAUUUAACGGAUAUUUCUACCAAGACUUCAAAGGAACAGCUCGACAUUUUGGGACGUGCACUUAUUCGCUUUCUUGAUGAGAAUUAGAUGAGAAGAUCGAUACCACUCUCAUGUUUGUAUGCAAAAUAUGAAUCUACAGCCAGCAAUUAGCUUAGCUAUCCUGGCUCUGUCCAAAGGUAACAAAAUAAGCCUACCAGCACUUCUAAAGCUCACUAAUUAACACACUAUUUCUCAUUUGUUUAAUCCAUACAAAGACCAAAGUGUACAAAUGACAAGUUGGCUUUCAGUCUGUAUACUAAACUAAGCUAAGCUAAUCCUGGCAGUAGCUUCAUAUUUAACAUAUAGAUAUGAAAGUGAUAUCAAUCUUCUCAUCUAACUCAACAAGAAAGCAAGCAUUUCCCAAAAUGUCUAAAUAUUUAUUUCAUCGUGAGUGAAAUGGUUUUGAGCGUAAAUCCAAUAAUAUGAGAGCGAAACCUUACACUCAGUCAGCUCUGCAGAGCACCAUGUAGAUUAAUGCAGCACAAUUUAAAUAAUAACAGCUGAACCAGAGCUCAAACAUCAAGCCAUGAUGUCCAUUUGAUACCACCAGCUAAACUGCUUUGUUCACAUUAUAACUACAUUCUAACUCCUGCUCGGCUUGGUUCAUGUGUAACCAUGCUAGCCUUUGAGCCAGGCUGGGUCACGGGGCAUUGGUGGUGAAGGAAGAAGGAGUAUGGAAAUGAAAAGGCUAUUGGGGGACUGCUGUCAUAAUUAGAUCUGCUGUGACACAGUUACAUGCCCUAGAUGGACUGAACUGUGCCGAGUCGUGCUGUGCAACGCAAGGGCCAGCUAGAGUCACGGGUGAGGUUUGGCCGAGGUCAAAUAGCAAAGGUGGGUGGGUGGGGGGCUUGUGAAAGUCCUAAAAUGUACUUGUAGACUGCUGAGUGACAGUGGGGGAAUGAAUAUGAAGGUGACAACAAACCGAAUCCAUUUAGACAUUAAAGCCAGCUCAAAAUAACAUUGACAUUUGCCAAGCAGAACUUGGAUGUCAACCACAAGUUAUUUCAAUUUGUGGUUUGUUUUGAAGGCAGCAGAAAAAGCUGCAGCUCAUGUUUUGACCUAAUGUAUGGGGGGGCCAUUUCUGUAUCGUGGACUGCCUCGUAAUGUCUUUGCGAUGACCUAUGGACACUGUGUAUAGUACUUGAGUUGGACUAAACGUAAUGUAAUUAAACCUUGACAUGCAGGGUGGCCAGGAUUCACAACAUGUUUGCGUGUGAGCGUGUGUGUUAAAUCCCCUUUGAGGGAUUUGGGGAGGAUGAGGAGUUUCACUGAUGUGCUUCUGCUGUUGUUGAGUCAUGAUUCUUUCUCUCGCUGUCUCUCUCACACAAACACACAGUGCAGGGAAGGUAACGUCCUUGUCAUAAAAUAGGGACAGAGCUUGCCCUCGCAAACACACAAACACCCUGAGGGGAAAGAGGCAGGCCUGGCGUGGUAUCUGAUUGUCACAGCGGUGUCACAUUGGCAGUGUGAACUCAUUUAUCGGCCCUGCACGUGGACCGUCUGAGCACAUGCACAUGCUAACAAAGCCAUAUGCACAAACACACUUGUUUACUAAUAAACAAGAAGUGACAUGUGUAUCUUUUGUGUUGUUAAACUAGAGUGAGUAGGUUUUAAUAUGAAACAGAAAUGGAAGCAUUGAGGUCAUUGAGUGGGGUGCCUGUCAAUUAUUAAUAGCAUUUCAUGUUAUAUUGUAGGAAAAGGGCACUAAUUUGCUUCUGUGUGUGUCUGAAUUUGUUAUAAAUGUGUUAACGAUGUGUAUUUUAUGUUCACACAGCAGAAGAACUUCAUAGAUGCUUUAUGUGCUUCCUUAACUAAGCCACAGGAAGAAAAUAAAUAAAUCGCACAAUGUGCGUUUACUCUAUGGAGGACAAAAAGUGCCAAAAUUGGACAAAGCCAAAACUAUGCAGUAGGACAUUGCGAGUGACUUGUGAACUCAAAAAAAAAAAAAAAAAAACACUUGGCACUUAAUAGGUUUUCAGUUGUUUAUCAUAUUUAGUGUCUUUGUAUUUCCAGAUAAAUAUCACAAAUGCAAAAUGUAGCCAUGUGGAAGAUUCUUUGUUGUUGUGUUAUUAGCUUGUAGGGCUGUGCCAAGGGAAAGAAAGCCUCCUCUCCUAAACCCACGCCGUUUCAGUUCUUCUGAGGGCUGCUACCUUUGCUUCAGAUCUUUAUGUCUUCUUUUUUUAACCCCUAUGAGACAUCAGUGAAUCAUCAUCCAUUUAUUUAAACCAAUAAAAACCUCUAAGUUCACACUCGAGACCACUUUUGGUUUCAUCUCAUGAAAAAGAAAAGUUAGGAACAUUUCAUCUUGCUGUUCUCCUUACUUCAAAAAUUAACAUAGUCCAAUGGUUUAAAUACAACCCUAAAUGUAGCACAUAAGAUAAUAUGAGCGACUAUGUAUGUAUCUCAUUUUGUUUGGUUUGUUUUCUGGAAAUACACUGAAAUAGUUAAAGCAUUUUGUGUUCAUUUGUUUGGCUUUGACUUUUACACCAAUACUUGAAAAUGGGUCAGUUCUGGCAAAUAUUUAAAACUGUGAAAAUGCACAACAAUGGGGAAACAACCCCUGUAAAAAUAUAUAUAUAAAAAAGUUUUUUUUCAUGGAUGAAUAAAAUGUACAAAUACUA